GUGCUAGUGGCGGGAGGAGUAAAGAUGGCGGCGCGAGGGUCUCCGCCCUCUGCUCCCGGCUGAAGCGCUCUGAGGGAGGCGGCAGCGGCAACCCGAGCCCCAACAGUAAUUUAGUGUUGGUAGUUUUGGCAGCAGCUGCCGAGGCCGGAGCAAUGGCGGAGCUGGAGCACCUAGGAGGGAAGCGGGCAGAGUCGGCGCGAAUGCGGCGGGCAGAACAGCUUCGGCGCUGGCUGGGCUCGCUGACGGAGCAGGAGCCCGCGGAGCGACGAGGCGCGGGGCGGCAGCCGCUGACCAGGCGCGGGAGCCCCAGGGUCCGCUUCGAGGACGGUGCUGUCUUCCUGGCCGCCUGCUCUAGCGGGGACACCGACGAGGUGAGAAAGCUUCUGGCAAGAGGUGCUGAUAUCAACACAGUCAACGUGGACGGCUUGACAGCCCUGCACCAGGCAUGUAUUGAUGAAAAUUUGGAUAUGGUGAAGUUUCUGGUGGAGAACAGAGCCAAUGUAAACCAGCAAGACAACGAAGGCUGGACACCCCUUCAUGCAGCAGCUUCCUGUGGCUAUCUCAACAUAGCAGAGUAUUUCAUUAAUCACGGAGCCAGUGUAGGUAUUGUCAAUAGUGAAGGUGAAGUUCCCUCUGACCUUGCAGAAGAGCCAGCCAUGAAGGAUCUUCUUCUGGAGCAAGUAAAGAAGCAAGGAGUCGAUCUAGAGCAGUCAAGAAAAGAAGAAGAGCAGCAGUUGUUGCAGGAUGCCCGCCAGUGGCUCAACAGUGGGAAAAUAGAGGAUGUGAGGCAAGCUCGCUCAGGGGCUACAGCCCUUCAUGUGGCUGCUGCCAAGGGCUACUCUGAAGUCCUCAGACUUUUAAUACAGGCUGGCUAUGAACUCAAUGUUCAGGAUUAUGAUGGCUGGACUCCCCUCCAUGCUGCUGCACACUGGGGAGUGAAGGAGGCUUGCUCCAUCCUGGCAGAAGCACUCUGUGACAUGGAUAUUCGAAACAAACUGGGCCAGACACCAUUUGAUGUGGCUGAUGAGGGUCUCGUGGAGCAUUUGGAGAUGCUCCAGAAGAAGCAGAAUGUGCUUCGAAGUGAAAAGGAGACACGGAAUAAACUCAUUGAGUCAGACCUGAACAGCAAGAUGCAGAGUGGGUUCUUUAAGAACAAAGAGAAGAUGCUCUAUGAGGAGGAGACACCUAAGUCUCAAGAAAUGGAGGAAGAGAACAAAGAAUCUAGUAGCUCCAGCUCAGAGGAGGAGGAAGGUGAAGAUGAAGCUUCUGAGUCAGAAACUGAGAAGGAGGCAGGUAAAAAGCCGGAAACCUUUGUCAACCAUUCCAACUCUGAAAGCAAGAGUAGCAUCACGGAGCAGAUACCAGCACCAGCUCAGAAUACCUUCUCUGCUUCUUCUGCUAGGAGGUUCUCUUCUGGCCUUUUUAACAAGCCAGAAGAGCCCAAAGAUGAAUCUCCUUCGUCAUGGAGAUUGGGACUGAGAAAAACUGGCAGCCACAACAUGCUGAGUGAGGUGGCCAAUUCCAGGGAACCUCUAAGGGACCGAGGCUCUUCCAUCUACCGUUCCUCUUCAAGCCCUCGGAUUUCUGCUCUACUAGACAACAAAGAUAAGGAGAGAGAAAACAAAAGCUAUAUUAGUUCACUAGCACCCCGGAAGCUCAACAGCACAAGUGAUAUUGAAGAAAAGGAGAACAGAGAAUCAGCUGUUAAUCUAGUGAGGAGUGGCUCCUAUACCCGGCAGCUAUGGAGGGAUGAAGCAAAGGGAAAUGAAACCCCACAGACAAUUGCCCCCUCCACCUAUGUAUCAACCUACUUGAAAAGUGCUUCAUUUGGUAGAAGUAGUGACCCCACAAGUCCCUACAUUUCAGCCAAUCGCAAUUCAUCUCCUGCUACCUCACCCAUUACCAUUGGUUCAUCUACCUCUCGGGGCAGCCAGUGGCAACCUGCCUCUUCUUGCCCUGCACCAAUCAGUGCAAACACUACUGCAUCUGUACAUCAUGGCAGGACUCCUCACAAAUCCCAGGCUGACUCGACAGCAGAGAAAACAGCAGACAAUGUCUCUUCUAGCACCCCACUCUGUGUGAUCACCAAUCGCCCUCUGCCUAGUACUGCCAAUGGGGUUACAGCUACUCCUGUACUCUCCAUUACUGGAACAGAUUCGUCUGUGGAAGCCAGGGAGAAGAGGAGGUCCUAUCUAACUCCUGUACGGGAUGAGGAAGCAGAGUCUUUACGGAAAGCACGCUCCAGACAAGCUCGGCAGACACGAAGGUCUACUCAAGGUGUCACCCUAACGGACCUUCAAGAAGCAGAAAGGACUUUCAGCCGGUCGAGGGCAGAGAGGCAAGCUCAGGAGCAGCCUCGUGAGAAGCCCACAGACACUGAAGGGCUUGAGAGGAGCCCUGAAAAGCAUGAGCCCUCAGCAGUUCCAGCAACAGAAGCUGGGGAGGGCCAGCAGCCCUGGGGCAGGAGUCUGGAUGAAGAGCCUAUCUGUCAUCGCCUGAGGUGCCCAACUCAGCCAGACAAACCCACCACGCCAGCAUCUCCUUCUACAUCAAGACCCUCACUCUACACCAGUUCCCACCUGCUACGGACAAAUAGAUUUUCAGUCCCUGAUUCUGAGAGUUCAAAGACUACCACAAAUACUACAACUGCAAAGGAAAUGGACAAAAUUGAGAAUCAAGAAGCAGAUUUGGAUGAGCAGUCCUCUGGGAGGCUGUCCGUCCGAGAGAGGAGGCGGCCCAAGGAACGACGAAGAGGUACAGGCAUCAAUUUCUGGACAAAGGAUGAGGAUGAAACUGAUGGCUCUGAAGAGGUCAAAGAAACAUGGCAUGAAAGACUUUCUAGGUUGGAAUCAGGAGGUAGUAAUCCUACAACCAGUGAUUCUUACGGUGACCGGGCUUCAGCAAGAGCCCGUCGGGAGGCCCGGGAGGCCCGUCUAGCCACCCUGACCAGUCGUGUAGAAGAAGACAGCAACAGAGAUUAUAAAAAACUCUAUGAGAGUGCUCUGACUGAAAACCAAAAACUGAAAACAAAACUUCAGGAAGCCCAGCUAGAGCUAGCAGAUAUAAAAUCCAAGCUUGAGAAGGUGACCCAGCAGAAACAAGAAAAGACCUCUGACCGAUCAUCAGUGCUGGAGAUGGAGAAACGGGAGAGGCGAGCCUUGGAGCGCAAAAUGUCAGAAAUGGAGGAAGAAAUGAAGGUGUUAACAGAACUGAAAUCCGACAACCAGAGGCUGAAAGAUGAAAAUGGUGCCCUCAUCAGAGUCAUCAGCAAACUGUCCAAAUAGGCUAGGCUCCAGAUUUAUGAGGAAACAAAGGGACAGUAUUUGCUGCCCCCACCCCUCUUUUCCAGUCCUUGCCUUCCAACCAAAAGAAAUGGAUGUUUUGGUGGAAGGACACUUCUUUCUAACACCCUCUUCAGUCACCUCUAUACACUCUACAUUUUCUCUGCACUUUCAAUGCCCUGUUCUUCCAAAACCCCUAUCCCAAGUUUUAUGACAGUUUUAAUUGAAGCAUGAUUGUGAUAAUUCGAGCCAUCUGGAGAAUGCUCUGGGGAGUACACUAGGCUCAGCUGUGGACCCCUGAACUUCCUGCUGCUCAGCUACUUUGUCCACAUUGGAUUUGGUCCAAACAUGUAAGGCUUCUACCCAAAUCAGUAUCCUUCAGCUUUUUACAUUGACCCAGUGUCCUCUGAUAUAAGUGAGUCUUGUGGUAGCCACUCCGGGAUCCUGAUUGGGGUGUCAAGAGAAACAGCAGGAUGUUGAAUCGAUCAUCAGAUGGCUUCUGGAGCUGUUAGCAUUCAAGGUGACAGUGACUGCAUUGAGGUGCUCUAUUCUUCUUCACCUCUCAGGAACUGACUUUUAUUUUUUCUAUCAACACCCAGUAAUCUCCCUAACUAGUUUUAACCUUUAUUCCUCCCUCAUACCUAGCCCUUUCUUCAAGGCUCAAAUGGCCCUGGCUUCAUAUAUUCCUUUCCUUUCUAUCCUUUUAUUUUUUUCCCUUCCCCACCCCCUCACUCAAUGGUAUAAAAGCUAGGACAGAGCACCUGACCUCAGUUGUCUUUGGCCCUUGUGGGGAAUCAUUAUUCUGGAGACAAGAAAAUCAUCACUCUGGUGCCUUGGUGGCAGCAUCACUGCCCCAAAAGCUAGACUAUGGCAUAAGUGUCAGCUCAUUGUUUUCAUCUCCCACUUCCCCCUUCAAAGUGAUUUUCUUUAUAAGAAAAUCUGGCUCUGAAUACCCCAUUCUGCCUCACGUCCUUGACCUUGUUUUCCUCUCUUCGCUCUGACACCUGCUUCUAAUGAGAAAUGAAGUCAGUGCAAGGAGGAAUGAGAGGUAGGGAGGGGAGAUUGUUGGGAGAUGGACUAGGAAGUGGAAGCAGGCUGGAAAGACACAUAUGGUGAAGGUCAAGUAUCUGAGGCCACUUGCAACAUUGUGGCAAAGAAGGUGGAAGAUAGCAGCCCACUGGGCUGUGAGAAUAGUGGUGGAUUUGAUUAUUUCCAGUGGUUAGAUUUAGCGGAGAGAUUUACUUUCUUGGAAAUUAAUAGGGGAAAUGGCACUUAAUAGAGGUUUAAUGGAAUGAAGUACUUUCAACCCAUUGAUGAGAGUCAUGGAAGUUUAGAGUGGCAAGGCCCAGAGGUCAUUAGGUCCAGCUUUCUAUUAUUGUGUCACAGGGACCCCUGCUACCACAGCUUUGACCCAUGGGCAUGGUCAGGUAGCCUCUGGUGGCUAUGCAUUUAUUACUCAAAAGUUGGGCAACUCUAAUCGAGAGAGUUUUUCCUGAUUAUCAGCUGAAGUCUGCCUGUGGAUUCUCCUUGUAGUCCAGAUCUACUAUCUGCAACUCUUUAACAACUCUUCAGAUAUGUGCAGUGGGUGGUCUCCCCCUCAGUCUUACUUUGAGCUGCUGUUACCCUAGUCCUUUCAGUCAUUCCUCAUAUGGCAUGCUUUUCUUUCCUGUCACAUCUUGGCCAUCCUCCUGUAGACAAAACUAGCCUUUAAAAUAUCAUGCCCAGGCCUGGAAAGAAUACUCUACAAAUCCAGUGCAAAAUUAAACCAUUAGUUCUUGAUGAGAGCCUAGCAUUAAUACUUACAGUAUUUUCCUUUUGUAGGAGCUUUAUCCCUUGGUUCACUUGAGUGUGCAAGUCAUUAAAUCCUCAUCAUUUUAGGGUUAGCAAUGAUAUUCAGUGUUUAGAGUGGUUCAUUCCCUUAACAUACACUACCUCUGUCUGUUGAUUCCUUUCCUGACAUGACGUGUAGCUGUCCAUGGCCCUCCCUCUGAAACAUCACAUGCUUUUUAAACUAGAAGCUGUAAUUCAAGAUCCCAAUUCCAUAACAGGAGAUAUGUUUCCUCUGACAAAACCCCAUUUUUAGAGUAUAUAAAAUUCUGUCUUCCAUUUCCAACCAUUUUUCAAGAGAAGCUGCUACUAUCUUGGGACUUUGGAUUAUCAUGGGAGUACUGUAAGUUCAGUUCUCAGGGAAUGCUAAAUUAGCGUAAUAAGUUUUAUAUCUUUCACCAUAAGCAUUUCCUUCAUUCUGGGAGAGGAAAUCAAUAUAAGGUGUUGACUUAUUGAUUAUCCUGGAACAUUUUGAGUAUUGGGGAAGGAAGAUGAUACUGCUUUCUCAAGAAAAGAAAAUUGGAUUAUUGGGAAUACAUCUUGACCCUUUUCCACUCAAUAGACCAGGGAAAGGGGUUACAGAGAGUCCCCUCAGAUCUGUUUGUGCCUUUCAAAAGCAUUGGGGGCAGAUUCUCAAAACUCUUAGAUUGGUGUUGCACCCCUGCCACUUCACAUGGCCCUUUCAUGUUAAAGCUGACUUUUCUUGCCAGAAAGUUUUCCUUGUGACAAGAAAUUUGCAAGCUUUUCAAUCUCAGGAAUACUGGAUUCUAUGGCCAGGAACUCAUGAAAGUAAGUGUAAACUGUCCUAGGUAAUUUCAGGUACUUUCUCUUAUGCAUUUAAUUUUAUUAGAUGAACUGAUUUCUGGUCUGUCUCCAGAAAUAAAAUACCAUUCCUUCACAACUCCAUUGUCUGGAAGCCCCAUGAGGUGGUAGUUAUAGGCCUUCUACUAGUCAGCAAUUCUCUCUGGAUACUGGCAUCAACAGGUCUCCCUUUUCUUGUGCUGCUUGGACAGGUACCUACCACUGGCCUCUUCAGUGGCCACAAUCCUCAGUCCUCACCUGCUGGUUUGGACACUCAUGAGCACCCCAGGCAGCUCAAGCUGAAGAAAUAGCUGCAGACUUGGCCAACAACAUGUGGCACAGGUUUAUCACUUAACUUAGAGUCUUCACAUGAAAUAUCAGAAUGGGAAAGAGAAUGUUCUUGGCACAACUCUGUUUUCAUUAAUUUGUUAUUUUUCAAAAACCGAGCCACACCUUUGAAAGUAAUGAUUUGGCCAUUCCAGAGAUUCUGUGGCUAAAGUUUGUUUUUCCAGGGCUGCUGAUCCCUUUCCAGAUAGCUCCAGAGUAUGAUGAUCCCUAGCCCCAUCCCAGUCUCUAGCAAAAGGGUUAUGCAAAUCUCAGGGUGUUGCCACUAAAGAAUCUAAAGAAUAGACUUGCUUUGGGCUUACUUAGUGCACCAGAUUCUCUAGUGGGCCAUUCUCAUUUGAUGUUCACUAGAACCUUCCUGUCUUCCAACUGCAGAAUGUGUUUGCUUCUCUUCUGGGUUUUCUGUGGUUUCUGUGCUAGUUCCCACCCCAAGUUUAAGAAGACUUAGAUUCAUGUAUUGCUAUCUGAGGCCACUAGUGAGAUUUCAGAUCACUGUUUUACAACAUUUUACCCAUUUCCCUUCCCCAAACCAUGUGCUUAUUAGAUGGUUCCACUCAGGAAGCAAGGAAGCUAAAACUCAACUUAAUAGUCUGUGGAUCCCAUGAAAGUGUGUGUGAACUACUGACCGUUUCUCCACUAGGGGCAUUUAAUUGAGCCAAAGAUGAUGGAAGAAGAAACUCUCAAAGCCAUGUACUUUGUUAGGUGUCUGGAUUUUUGGCCUCUUUGCAGCCUCUCCUAGCAACAGACAGACACUGUCUCAGAGAAAGGCCAGUGUUUCAGUCCAGGCCACUGGUGAGUGUCGGCACCCUUGAGGUGGGCAUGGAGUGAGCAGAAGAAGCCUGGAGAAGAGAGAACUAUUUAAAGUGUUGCCAGUUAUUCAGCUUCCAGGUGGCUUUGCACCUCCAAAGGUGCAAAGAGGAAAAAGAAAGCAGAAAGGAUUCAGCAUUUAAGCAAAAAGGAAAGGGAAAUUCUACUCUACCGGAUGAGCCACUGGUUCCACUGGAGCUUUUCAGUGAAGUAACACUGCAGGAGCCCUGAUAUCCUUCCCUCAGAGAUAUCAUCAGGGGCCCUCAAACCCCAUUGUUUAUGCCAGCACUGACCGCACUUUAAGGACACACUUAUCAAUCAGAGGUGGUGCAAUUGGCCUAUAUCUAGGCCCAGUUAUUAUUGCAGAUCUUAGUCACCAUACUCUGUUGCCCAGGCUGGAUUGCAGUGGUGUGAUCUCAGCUCACUGCAACCUCCACCUCCCAGGCUCAAGGGAUCCUUUCACCUCACCCUCCCGAGCAGCUAGGACCGCAGGUAUGCACCACCAUGCUCAGCUAAUUUUUGUAUUUUUUUUGUAGAGAUGGGGUUUUGCCAUGUUGCCCAGGCUGGUCUUGAACUGCUGGUCAAGCAAUCAACCUGGCUGGGCCUCCCAAAGUGAUAGGAUUACAGGAGUAAGGCACCAUGCCCAGCCCACCAUACAGAUUUUCAAGGCAGGGUCUAACCCCUCAUGUGAGUUCUUCUAACCCAAUAAGCAAGGCAGCUUUGAGGACAGAAAAAGGCAACAGAAAAAAGGUAAGACCCUAGAAGUCAGAAGAUCGUAUUCCAAGGCUACACCUUCCCCUUUUAGUCAUGUGACUUUGGGCAGGUCACCCUCCCUGUCUGUAAAAUGAGGUUGGACUGGAUAAUCUUUAUGUGCCCUUUCCUUUUGGCUUAAAAUUCUGUGAUUUAUUCAUUCUUAGGAAGAUCAGAACACUUACUGGGAUUUCUGCUUCAAAAAUUCUUUCUAAUCUCAAAAAUCCAAGUCCAAAAUUUUUUGUUUUCUUCUGGAUUUAAACUGUUUAACAUGAGCACAUCAAGGUUGACUUCUCAUCCUUGUUGGGAAGUGAAUUUAAUAUUGAGGGUAAUUGAAUGAUGUUGCAAUGGCUUUCCCUCCUGAUGGCUUGGUAAGAAUAUUAAAGCCUGCAGAGGUGGAAAUUGGAGCUCAUGGAGAAAUGGAUAGAAAGCAAUUUGUUGCAGGCAGCCUUUGGACAAGUUGUUUUAAUAGGAAAUAGACCUGCUGCUUCAUAGGUUCCCUCAACCACCUUUCCUCAGCUUUCUCAAAAUGUGGUCUACAUUGGCUCUUCACACCCAAAUAGCAGACUAAUAGUUCUUCUGCUUAGCACCAUCUGGUUCAUUGUCUUGAACUCUGCCUUACAGCAGCAAGAAAAUUUUCCUCGAUAAGAACUUCAAUCUUUAGUUCCAUUGAGCUGCCCCUCUGGAUUUUGGACUAUCAGAAGUAGGAGGUUCUGAUACCAUUCAAGAUGAUCUUUCCUUCAAAGCAGGUCUGAAGAGGAGACUACCAAAGCAGUAAGUGUUUACAAACCCAGAGUCCACACAACCACAUUGCAUGGAACAGCACUUGGCUUUCGCAAGCCUCCUACAGGACCUGGUGUAAUUGGAGUGAAAGGGCAGAGACCCUGGAAGUGGAGGUGGCUGUGUGCUGCGACGGGAAGAAGGCAGAAGGCCCAGGGGCUUUGGACAUAGAGCAGGGUGGAAGCUGCAACUACUGGGAAGGAGAGUUUCACAGAACCAAAGCUUUGGCACACAGAGAUGAGUUCUGUCUCACUGGUGACUUCAUCCCUCAGGCUCCAACUGAGCAGAGAUUUUAAUCAGCUUCCUUAAUGGGUAUUGACACUGCUCAGGAAGCAGUAGACCCUAUCAGGGACAGCUAUUGAUCUCUUGUGUUCUGAUUAGAUUGUAAAAUAGAUCAACUUCAACUUCAUUGUAGUCCAGGAACUGUUGGUCACAGCUAUUAGGAAUGAGGUGAUUUCUGAGGGCUGAGAAAAAACAGAAUCUUGACCAUCAGCCGGCAGCUGCAUGGUAAAAGAAGAUGCAUUCAUUUCUCCUUUGAGAGUUGGGGUUGAGGGCAAACAUAGAACCCAGGUUUGGCUUACAACCCAAUGUCCCGGAAGCCCUCCUUCGGGAGAACUGUAAGUAAGUGGUGGGUGUGUCUAAAGACAAUACCAUUAAUGAAUGUUUUUGGCCUUACCUAAAAAGGUUUAGCAGUUUAAGGAUAACUCUUGCAUCUAGCUUAUGUGUGUUCACAUGCACAUUUGCUAGCCCAGAGCUUUUAAAAUGAGGUCUGGCAGAUACUUGAUUACAAAUGAGAACUCAGAAACCAAUUUUAUCCAAGUAUAUUAUUAAAUUCUAUCUUUUGUUUUUCCCCCUCCCUUCUAAUCCCCCAAAGGACCUAUUUGAGCUGUUCCCCCAAUUCAUCUGCUUAUCAUUUUGGACUGUGAAUCUGCCAGAGUGAUAUUUUCUGUUAUUUCUCCUCCAAAUUUUUCCCUGAUGUUUCCAAUAAAGAUUUGCUUGGGUGGCCCCUUAAGGUGACAUCAGGAUGCUCUUAUGUCCUUCCAGAAUAAACAUACACUUCACUCCUCUCCCUCUCAUCUCCCUCCACAUUCUUAAUUCCUUGCUUUUCUCACUUGGAGCCGAGGGUGCUUUAGAGAGGUGGUUUUCCAUGAAUCAGCCAAGAUUCCUGGAGAAGUUGGAUAUACCAACUACCACCACCACCACCACUGUCCCCUCUUCCAGUUUCAAAGCUCCCUGGCUAUGCUAAUGUCACCUCAGAGAUGAGGUUUGACUUGUAGGCCUGUAUGACUCCUCCAUAGCCUGGCCAAGGAGACCAUGAGUAGCCAUAUCUGGUUUACUCUUUGUCCUGAGACUGUUUAUAGCUUAAAACAGAAGUGUGUCUUCCCAGCACAAACCUAAUCAGUGUAUCAGUGCAUCUGGUGGCAACAGCUCAGCCCAUUCAAAGAGCAAGGAUUCAGGAAAGGCACACUGAUGGUGGGGAGCCUCUUAAGAGCCGCUAAUGUUCUCCCAAAAUCAGAGUUGAGAGUCCCCUGGGCCCAUGUCCCUGAACAAGGGACAUGCUAGGGCCAGAAGUAGCUUGACUCUCGCCUAAUACCUGUGCCUUUGCCUGUCCUUUCUCCCACUCUACUGAAACCCGGAACCGAUUCCUGCUUGCCUUCUGAUGAAGAGAGGCCACGUAAAGAGAGUUUGGAGGAAAAAAGACCAGGAGGCAGGCUGCGGGGUAGGAGAAGGUUCAGAGAGGAUGCAGCAAUCCAGGAUACCUCCUUUUCUAGCUAGCAUCCCUUGAACUUUUGAAAGGUUGUGCCUACCACUGGCUGGCACACCAGGCAAUGAUUUCCCUGCAAAAGGAAGGAAUGUUUCACCCUUGCAUCCUUCUUGGUGAAGAUACGGCCUAUGCUCAGUUGAGUAGUUCACACUCAAGACUUUGGCUUUAUGGUUUUCCUUCCUUCUUGUCUUUGCCCUGACCUUGAUCAACAGGGGUGAAAAGAAUCACCCUGGUGUCUCCAUGCCUCUCCCAUUUUAGUGGUAGCAUUUUGUGUCUUUACUCCACCCUUCACCCUGUUUCCACCAAGGUUAACGCACCAGAUAUAACUGUUUUUCAGCUGAGUUGUAUGGAUUAACUUCAGUCCGCUGUAAAUACACCAGGGAUGGGGUGGGGUUGGGGGUGUUUAGGGAGAAGAAGCCAGACUUGGUGAACUGAAUGUAUUUUUAUGCAAUUUUGAGUGGCCUUUCAACCCUAAGAUGAACGGUUUUGUUUUACUGGUUGUUAUUAUAUAGUAUUGCGUAUUCUGUGUUUCAAAGUUUGGGAAUAAUAAUAUUCACAUCUAUAUGAUGCCUGUAAACACAACAGUAUUUAUAAAUGAGUAAAUAAAACUGUGUUUUAACUUUG